UUUACAAAAUUGGUAAAGGAAAUGCAACUCCACCGAGAUGACUUUGAAAUUAUAAAAGUGAUUGGAAGAGGUGCAUUUGGUGAGGUUGCAGUUGUUAAAAUGAAGUGUACAGAGCGCAUUUAUGCAAUGAAAAUUCUAAAUAAAUGGGAGAUGCUUAAAAGGGCAGAGACAGCUUGCUUCCGAGAGGAGAGAAAUGUCUUGGUGAAUGGAGAUUGUCAGUGGAUUACGACGUUGCACUAUGCCUUUCAAGAUGAGAACUAUUUGUAUCUAGUGAUGGACUACUACGUUGGUGGUGACUUACUGACACUUCUUAGUAAGUUUGAAGACAAACUUCCUGAAGAUAUGGCUAGGUUCUACAUUGGUGAAAUGGUGCUUGCUAUACAUUCCAUACACGAGCUGCAUUAUGUGCACAGGGACAUAAAGCCCGAUAAUGUUCUUUUGGACAUGAACGGCCACAUACGACUGGCAGACUUUGGGUCCUGUCUGAAAAUGAGUGAAGAUGGCACAGUACAGUCAUCGGUCGCAGUGGGAACACCUGACUACAUCUCCCCUGAGAUACUGCAGGCAAUGGAAGAUGGAAUGGGAAAAUACGGGCCUGAAUGUGACUGGUGGUCACUGGGUGUGUGCAUGUACGAAAUGCUGUAUGGUGAAACACCCUUUUAUGCAGAGUCGCUAGUGGAAACCUAUGGGAAGAUUAUGAAUCACGAAGAACGAUUUCAGUUUCCAUCCCAUGUUACAGAUGUAUCCGAAGAAGCGAAAGAUCUUAUUCAGCGACUUAUUUGCAGUAGGGAGCGUAGACUGGGACAGAAUGGAAUAGAGGAUUUUAAGUCUCAUGCAUUUUUUGAAGGACUUAAUUGGGAUAACAUCCGAAACCUAGAAGCACCUUACAUUCCAGAUGUUAGCAGUCCUUCUGACACCUCCAACUUUGAUGUAGAUGAUGAUGUAUUAAGGAAUCCAGAAGUGGUGCCGCCGAGUUCUCACACAGGCUUUGCUGGAUUGCAUUUACCAUUUGUUGGGUUUACAUACACAACUGAAAGCUCUUUAUCUGAUAGAGGCACCUUAAAGAGUGCGACGCAGUCUGACCCUGUAACCAAAGAUGUGGAUGUGCAGCGUGACUUAAAAAACACUUCGCAGAUAGAAGGCUAUGAAAAGAAGAUACGGAAAUUAGAGCAAGAAAAGCAGGAUUUGAACAGAAAACUGCAGGAAUCUACACAGACAAUGCAGAACCUCCAAGGUCCAAUGUGUGUUACAGUAAAUACAAGCCGUGAUAAGGAGAUUAAAAAAUUAAAUGAAGAAAUUGAACGGUUGAAGACUAAAUUAACAGAUAUAAGUAAACUGGAAGGACAGCUUGCAGAUGCAGUGGCUUUUCGACAAGAACAUGAAGAUUCUAUACACAAGUUGAAAGGACUAGAAAAACAGUGCAAAGUACUGCGGCAAGAAAAGGAGGACCUUCAUAAGCAACUUGUUGAAGCCUCAGAGAGAUUAAAGAUGCAAUCCAAAGAAUUGAGGGAUGCCCACCAGCAAAGAAAGCUAGCUGUGCAGGAGUUCUCUGAGCUCAGUGAGAAGAUGGGCGACUUGCGGUCUCAAAAGCAGAAGCUGUCCCGGCAACUUCGUGACAAAGAAGAAGAGGUGGAAGUGAGCAUGCAGAAAAUUGAUGCGAUGCGACAGGACAUUCGUAAAUCGGAGAAGAUCAGAAAAGAGCUGGAAGCCCAUCUUGAGGAGGUUGUAGCAGAAGCAUCAAAAGAACGCAAGCUUCGUGAGCACAGUGAGGCCUUCUCCAAACAACUGGAAAAUGAACUGGAAGCUCUAAAGCUGAAGCAGGGAGGCCGGGCAGCAGGUGCCACACUAGAACAGCAGCAGGAACUUUCCAAAAUUAAGUCUGAGUUGGAAAAGAAAAUCUUAUUUUAUGAAGAGGAGUUGGUCCGACGAGAAGCAUCACAUGUUCUGGAAGUUAAAAAUGUGAAAAAGGAAGUACAUGAUUCAGAGAGCCAUCAGCUUGCACUGCAGAAAGAGAUCAUGAUAUUAAAGGAUAAAUUAGAGAAAACAAAGCGAGAAAGGCACAGUGAAAUGGAGGAAGCAGUAGGAACAAUGAAAGAGAAAUAUGAGCGUGAAAGAUCUAUGCUCUUGGAAGAUAAUAAAAAGCUAACGACAGAAAAUGAGAGGCUCUGCUCCUUUGUGGACAAAUUAACAGCACAGAACAGACAGCUAGAAGAUGAGCUCCAAGACCUAGCAGCAAAGAAGGAAUCUGUUGCUCACUGGGAAGCUCAGAUUGCAGAAAUUAUUCAAUGGGUAAGUGAUGAGAAGGAUGCUCGUGGCUAUCUCCAAGCAUUAGCUUCCAAGAUGACAGAAGAACUAGAAUCAUUGAGAAGUUCCAGUCUGGGGUCACGAACACUGGAUCCGCUUUGGAAAGUGCGACGCAGUCAGAAGCUGGAUAUGUCAGCGAGGCUGGAAUUACAGUCUGCCCUUGAUGCAGAAAUCCGUGCCAAACAACUAGUUCAAGAAGAAUUACGAAAAGUUAAAGAUGCAAACAUAUCUUUUGAAAGUAAAUUGAAGGAAUCAGAAGCCAAAAAUAGGGAACUGUUGGAAGAGAUGGAAGGUUUGAAGAAAAAACUGGAAGAAAAAUACAGAACAGAUUCAGGUCUUAAACUUCCAGACUUUCAAGAUUCCAUUUUUGAAUAUUUCAACACCUCUCCUCUUGCACGUGAUCUGACUUUCAGAACCAGUUCUAUUAGUGAGCAGGAGACACAGGGUCCCAAGUCAGAAGUUUCACCGUCUACUUCAGUUGUAACUGCAGAGCAACAACAAGAAGAACCAAUUCGGCUUCAGAGGAUGCCUGCUGCUCCUUCCCCCACCAUUCAAUCCAUUUCUCUAGCUGUACCAAAGCCUAAAGCUCACCAGCUCAAUAUCAAGUCAUUCACAAGCCCUACUCAGUGUAGUCAUUGCACCUCUCUUAUGGUGGGAUUAGUUCGACAAGGUUAUGCCUGUGACGUGUGUUCAUUUGCAUGCCAUGUUUCCUGCAAGGAUAGCGCACCUCAGGUCUGCCCCAUACCCCCUGAGCAAGCGAAAAGGCCUCUUGGUGUAGACGUGCAAAGAGGAAUAGGAACCGCCUAUAAAGGUUAUGUCAAGGUCCCAAAGCCUACAGGAGUUAAGAAAGGGUGGCAGAGGGCUUAUGCAGUUGUCUGCGACUGUAAACUGUUCUUAUAUGAUGUGCCUGAAGGAAAAUCCACCCAGCCUGGAGUUGUUGCAAGUCAAGUCUUGGAUCUCAGAGAUGAAGAUUUUUGUGUGAGCUCUGUCCUAGCAUCGGAUGUAAUACACGCAACUCGUAAAGACAUCCCUUGCAUAUUCAGGGUGACAGCUUCUCUCUUAGGUUUGCCUUCAAAAUCUUGUUCUCUACUGAUCCUGACGGAAAAUGAGAACGAGAAGAGAAAGUGGGUCGGAAUCCUAGAAGGGUUGCAGUCUAUCCUGCACAAAAACAGACUGAAAAACCAGGUUGUGCAUAUUCCACAAGAAGCCUAUGACAGUACACUGCCUCUUAUUAAAGCAAGUUUAGCUGCUGCUAUUGUAGAUCGAGAUAGAAUAGCAAUUGGUUCAGAAGAGGGACUGUAUGUGAUAGAGGUGACCCGUGACGUGAUAGUCCGAGCUGCUGACUGCAAGAAGGUGUACCAGAUAGAGCUCGCUCCCAAAGAGAAAAUCAUCAUCCUCAUCUGCGGUCGGAACCACCACGUUCACCUUUACCCUUGGGCCUCUCUGGAUGGGUCGGAAGGAAACUUUGAUGUUAAGCUUGCGGAAACUAAAGGCUGCCAAUUGAUUACAACUGGAACACUAAAGAAGAGUUCUUCGACUUGUUUGUUUGUGGCUGUCAAACGACAGGUUUUUUGCUAUGAAAUUCACAGAACUAAACCUUUCCACAAAAAAUUCAGUGAAAUUCAGGCUCCAGGAACUGUACAGUGGAUGGCAGUGUUCAAGGACAAGCUCUGUGUUGGCUACCAGUCUGGGUUCUCUCUAUUGACCAUCCAGGGAGAUGGACAAUCUAUAAACCUGGUAAAUCCUAAUGACCCCUCGCUUACCUUCCUCACACAGCAGUCGUUUGAUGCCCUUUGUGCUGUGGAGCUCAGUAAUGAGGAAUACCUGCUUUGCUUCAGCCAUAUGGGAGUAUACGUCGAUUCGCAAGGUCGAAGGUCACGCAUGCAGGAACUAAUGUGGCCUGCAACUCCUGUUGCCUGUUGCAAUUCUUCUUACGUUACAGUGUAUAGUGAGUAUGGUGUUGAUGUAUUCGAUGUUAACACUAUGGAAUGGGUCCAGACUAUUGGCCUGCGAAGGAUCAGACCAUUAAACAUGGACGGCACGCUGAAUCUCCUUAACUGCGAGCCACCAAGGCUAAUAUAUUUCAAGAACAAGUUUGCAGCAGGAGCUGUUCUCAGUGUACCAGAAACAUCUGACAACAGCAAGAAGCAAAUGCUUCGAACCAGGAGCAAAAGAAGAUUUGUAUUUAAGGUUCCCGAGGAAGAACGAUUACAACAAAGACGGGAAAUGCUUAGAGAUCCCGAGCUAAGGUCAAAGAUGAUUUCUAACCCAACGAAUUUCAACCAUGUGGCUCAUAUGGGACCAGGAGAUGGAAUGCAGGUUCUCAUGGACCUCCCACUGGGUUUGUGUCUGUUACUGAAAAUAUGUGGAUGUGGUCAAAGUGUCCUACCUGCUGCACAGGAUGAAAAAACGUGUCCGUCUACAGCUAACCUCUCACGGCAGCAGCAGCAGCAGAGAAGCAAAACCUAUAUUUCAUGGCCCUCAUCAAGUGGCAGUGAUGUGGGAGGAGCCAUGCCUUCCCGAAGUAUGUCCGAUCCUGACCAGGAGUUUGACAAAGAGCCUGAUUCAGACUCCACCAAACACUCUACUCCAUCCAACAGCUCAAAUCCAAGUGGUCCCCCAAGCCCCAACUCUCCUCACAGGAAUCAGCUCACACUAGAUGGACUGGACCAGUCGACCUGCGACGCAUAACACUACCGCUCUCACCCUUCCGACUUCGAUCUUCCACUACCGCGUGGAGUAUCCAAGAGCAGGGCAAAGCUGUCUCAGAUGCUAGUGCCAAGACUGACACUGAAUCUCUAGUGUUGUACAAGAAUAAUUAUAUAUCCAGAUUGUAGAUACAAAGUAUGGAAAUGAAGAGAAUUCUUUAGCGAUCAAGCUUUUUAUGCGGAAUUGUUCACUGCUCAGUUACAGUUGAUUCCUUUCUGCCCAGCUGUGACACAGUUUUAAUGCAUAGGAGCAUUUAAGGCCACCAGUAAAUAGUCUUAUUCUUAUGCUGAAAAAGAAAUAGAGAGAGAUACUGAUAAUGUUGCUACAGUAUCAGGAAUAUUAUUUUUCUAUAGAAUGAUGUAAUGUCUGAUUAGCAGGAAAUCCUUUUAGACACAAUCUGGACCUCUAAAUAGGAAGUGCGAGCAGGUUUAGUUACAUCCUCAGA